AUGUAUUCCAAACCCGUUCACGCCGAGACCUCAAUCAAGGCUCUCUUUGAAUUUAUCAAAGCCAACCCCCUCGGAGUACUCACCACCGCCAUCCCCUCCAGCACGCACCAUCUCAUUCAAUCCACCCAUAUCCCAUGGAUCCUCGACCCCGUUACAGAUGACCCCAACGCCCCCAUCAAAGGUCGACUACGAGGCCACAUGGCGCGCCAAAACCCCCAAUCCAAACGCAUGAUGGAUGCCUGCACCCAAUCCCGUUCCAACCCCCUGCAGCAAGAAGUCAUGGUCCUCUUCACGGGCGCAGAGCACCACUACGUGACUCCCAAAUUCUACACGGAGACGAAGCCGGCGUCGGGAAAAGUGGUGCCGACUUGGAACUAUGCUGCUGCCCAAGUAUAUGGCAGAGCGACCAUUCACUUCGACACGGCUGCGCCGGAGACAGGUCAGUUUCUCUCGGAACAAUUGCAUGCCUUGUCGCAGCAUGGUGAGACUUCCGUCAUGGGCUAUACGGGGGCGGAUGGGAAGCCGGGCCCGUGGAAGGUAUCCGAUGCUCCGGAGCGGUAUAUUGAAGUGAUGAAGAAGGCGAUUAUUGGAAUUGAAGUCACGAUUGAGAGCAUCGAUGGGAAAGUAAAGAUGAGUCAGGAAGUCCCUGCCGGAGACCGUCGUGGAGUUGUUCAGGGAUUCAAGGAGAUGGGAUCAGACGUGGGGGAUCAUAUUGCCGCGUUGGUGGAGAAGUGCGGAGCCAAGAAGGAUGCUGAACGGGGCGUUCAAUGA